AUGGCAUUGAGCGAUCUCGUACUUGAUUUUUACGAGAUAACCAAUGCAAGUCGAGUUGAUAUGAGUGAUUUUGAAUUACUCAAAGUACUUGGCACGGGAGCUUAUGGUAAGGUAUUUCUCGUGCGUAAAAUAACCGGUGCCGAUAUAGGAAAAUUAUAUGCAAUGAAAGUUUUAAAAAAAGCCGCGAUCUUACAAAAAGCUAAAACAGCUGAACAUAUUAAAACUGAACGACAAGUUUUAGAAUCUAUUCGUCAGAUUCCAUUUUUGGUUUCACUUCAUUAUGCAUUUCAAAGUGAUGCCAAACUUCAUCUUGUUAUGGAUUAUGUAAAUGGAGGAGAAUUAUUUACACAUCUUAAUAAACGACAACAUUUUACUGAACAAGAUGCGAAAAUUUAUAUUGCUGAAUUAACACUUGCUCUUGGACAACUUCAUAAACUUGGCAUCAUUUAUCGUGAUAUAAAACUUGAGAAUAUAUUACUUGAUAGUGAUGGUCAUAUUGUUCUAGCAGAUUUUGGUUUAAGUAAAGAAUUUCGACCGGAUGAUGCUGAUAAACGAACAUAUUCAUUUUGUGGUACUAUUGAAUAUAUGGCACCUGAAGUUGUUAAAGGUGGCGAUGCUGGACAUGAUUUUACGGUCGAUUGGUGGAGUCUCGGUGUUCUUACCUUUGAACUCUUAACUGGUGCAUCACCGUUUACUGUUGAUGGUGAUAAAAAUACUCAACCGGAAAUCUCCAAACGAAUCAUUAAAAAUCAACCAUUAAUACCAAAUCACAUCUCAAAAGUGGCAAAAGAUUUUAUACUUAAACUUUUAAUAAAAAAUCCUAAACGUCGUUUAGGUGCUAAAGGUUUAGAAGAUGUUAAACGUCAUCCAUUUUUUGGAUCUGAUAUGGAUUGGGAUGCUAUUGCACAAAAACGUGUUCCAGCACCAAUUAAACCAAAAAUAAAGGAUGAAAUGGACACAAGUAAUUUUGCUGAUGAAUUUACUCGUUUACCAUUAACAGAUUCACCUGGAUUGGCACCACCAACAGAAAGUCUUUUUCGAGGAUAUUCAUUCAUUUCACCAACUGUUCUUUUUGGUCUGGAAAAUGCUGUUAAUGAAGAUUUAUAUAAUCUUCUUCGUCUAACAAAUCAUCAAAGACCUGAUCCAUCACAACUUCAUCGAUUGAUUAAAACAAGUCCAUUUUUUCAAAAUUACGAACUAAUUGAUCGUGAAGGUUUUCUUGGCGAAGGAAGUUAUUCAAUCUGCCGUCGUUGUCGAAAUCGUCGAACACAAGAAGAAUUUGCUGUUAAAAUAGUUUCAUUACGACAAGAAGUUGAUACACAAAAUGAAAUCGAACUUUUACGUUUAUGUCAAGGUCAUGCUAAUAUUGUCAAAUUACAUGAAGUAUUUAAUGAUGAGCUUCAUACAUAUAUCAUAAUGGAAUUAUUAACGGGUGGAGAAUUAUUUUAUCGAAUUCGUACUCAAGCAUCAUUUUCCGAAAAAGAAGCCAGUCAAUUAAUGAAAAAACUUGUUUCAGCUGUUAAUUUUAUGCAUAGUAAUGAUUUAUGCCAUCGAGAUCUUAAACCAGAAAAUUUAUUAUUUUCAUCUCCAAAUUCGAAUGCUGAAAUAAAAAUAAUCGAUUUUGGUUUUGCUAAAAAACGUACUAAACAUCAACCAAUGACAACACCUUGUGGAACACUUUUAUAUACCGCUCCUGAAGUUCUUCGUGCCGCCACAUCAUUUAAAGAUUCUCAUUCAUCAUCACUUUCAACUUCAUCGUCAUCAUCCUCAACGAGUACAACAAUUGCUCUUGUACCUUCAACAAUAACAAAUUCAAGUUCAGUUGCCUAUGGUUAUGAUGAAUCAUGUGAUUUAUGGUCUCUUGGAGUUAUUUUAUAUACAAUGUUAAGUGGAGAAGUUCCAUUUAAUUCUAUAACAACUCAUCGUACAGCUGAAGAGAUUGUUGAAGAUAUAACACGUUCGAAAUUGUCAUAUGAUUCUACUGCAUGGAAAAAUGUCUCACAACCAGCGAAAGAUCUUGUUAAAGGUUUAUUAACUGUUGAUCCAUCAAAACGAUUGACAAUUAAAGAUUUAACAAGAAAUACAUGGCUUCGUGGUUCAAGUCAAUCAACAACACAUGAUCAUCAACAACUUUUACUAACACCUAAUAUCCUUUCUCAAGCAUCUCGAUCGCUUAUUGUUCGCGCUGUUAAUAUAACAAUGCGUGCAUUUCAAAAAGCCGGUCAAUUUCAAUUAUCAUCUGUAACUGAUGGACUACUUGCACGACGUCGUCAUACAAAAAAAUCUACGGAUUCAUGUUCAUCAACAUCAAGUUCAACGACAACAUCAACAGCAGCUGUUGUACCAACUAGUAUUCCUCCUUCAACAUUACCACAUACUCGUCGUUUAUGUGGCAAUGGUGUAUGCCGUUGUCGUCAUGCGCCAUGUCCACCAACGAAUGAUUCGUCUUCUUUAUCUUCAUUUGACUUUAGCGAUGAAAGACUCUCGCAAUUAAUUGAUCAAUAUCCAUUAACAACAACAACACCAAAACGAUAUGGAAUGACAUUGAGAUCACGAGCAACAGCUGCUACAAGUGGCAUUACACAUGAAUUUGCUUCUCCUGCUCCACCUCCACCAUUACUUGUACCUUCUUUAUCUUCUUCUUCAUCUUCUUCUUCAACAACUACAGAUGUACUUCCUUCAUCUAAUAUAACUGGUGAGAAACGUCCAUUAACAUCACCUAUUCAUCAUUCAUUAACACCGGCUAAUAAGAAACUGAAACGAUCGGGUACUAUCACUAUUGAUGAUUAG